UUGGCCCCGCACCAAGUCACCCCCCACACGGUGCCCGAGGUGUGGGAGAGACUCUACGGGUCGCGUUUGCACCCCAAGAUCCCCCCACCCAAAUGUCGAGUGGGCGAUCGGGUGCGUCUCAACAAGAAACAUCGUCCCUUCAAAAAAGGGUAUUUGCCGGGCUGGACGGAAGAAGUGUUUGUGUUCACGCACGUGCGUCGUCAUCCCGUGGUCACCUAUCGACUCAGUGAAUGGGACGGUACGCCUAUAAAAGGCACGUUUUACGAACCCGAUGUCCAAAAAGUCCAAGUGUCGGACGACUCGUUAUUUCGAGUCGAAAAAGUCUUGAAACGCAAAGGACGUCAGGUCUUGGUCCGGUGGAAAGGGUGGCCUGCCAAGUACGAUAGUUGGAUU